UAAGAAAAACGCAAAGUGGUAUAUAACCAUUCACCACCGUAACUCGCAGAAAAACCAUAGCGGUGAGAGUAGUACCGUUACUGUAUUAGCAGAGGAAGCCAAAGAAAUUUCUUUCGUCUCUCUGCACAUAGGUUUUUACUAGAAAGCUUAAAAGAGAGAGAGAGGGAGAUAUGGAGAGUGCCUUCGCGAGCGCCUCUGCGAUCACAGACCAGAGGCAAAAGAUCGAGCAGUAUAAGCACAUUCUUGCUUCUGUUAUAUCAUCAAACGACAUCGAUCAAGCCAAGAAGUUUAUCGAUCAUAUGCUAUCGGAUGAUGUACCAUUGGUGGUAUCGAGGCAGUUAUUGCAGAGUUUUGCACAGGAAUUAGGGAGAUUAGAACCGGAUACGCAAAAGGAGAUUGCUCAUUACACUCUUGCUCAGAUUCAGCCUCGUGUUGUUUCAUUUGAAGAACAGGUUUUAAUAAUUAGGGAGAAACUUGCUGAGUUGUACGAGUCUGAACAACAGUGGUCAAAAGCAGCUCAGAUGCUUAGCGGCAUUGAUCUUGAUUCUGGAAUGAGGGUCAUUGAUGAUACAUUUAGGUUAUCAAAGUGCGUCCAAAUUGCUAGGUUGUAUCUUGAGGAUGACGAUGCAGUCAAUGCAGAAGCUUUCAUUAAUAAAGCGUCCUUUUUGGUUAGCAACAGUCAGCAUGAAGUAUUGAACUUACAAUACAAGGUUUGUUAUGCAAGGAUUUUGGAUUUGAAGAGGAAGUUUUUGGAAGCUGCACUGCGUUAUUAUGAUAUUUCUCAAAUUGAGAAGAGACAGAUAGGAGAUGAAACCAUUGAUGAGGAAGCACUAGAACAGGCACUCUCUGCUGCUGUGACAUGUACAAUCUUGGCUGCUGCAGGUCCACAACGUUCUCGUGUUCUUGCUACGUUAUACAAGGAUGAACGAUGCUCGAAGCUAAAAAUUUAUCCUAUAUUGCAGAAGGUCUAUCUAGAGAGAAUUUUGAGAAAACCAGAAAUUGAUGCGUUUGCCGAAGAACUAAAAGCACAUCAGAAAGCUCUUCUGCCAGACAAUUUUACUGUUCUGGACCGUGCUAUGAUUGAGCAUAAUCUUCUGAGUGCAAGUAAACUUUACACUAAUAUCAGUUUUGACGAGUUAGGCACCUUGCUAGGAAUUCCUCCACAUAAGGCAGAAAAGAUAGCAUCAAGAAUGAUUUAUGAGGAUAGAAUGAGGGGGUCAAUUGAUCAGGUGGAAGCUGUCAUUCACUUUGAGGAUGAUACUGAAGAACUGCAACAAUGGGAUCAACAGAUUGUAGGUUUGUGUCAAGCCUUGAAUGAUGUCUUGGAUAGCAUGGCAAAGAAGGGCUUAUCGAUCCCUGUCUGAUCUGUUUUGCGGACAGCUAGUUGGAAAAUGGAAAACAAUUAUUUCACCUACUUGUGCACAAAAAAAGCUUUAAUUUUGUAAUUUUGCCUGUUCUUUUAUAGUUGAGGAAUCCUUCAUAUUAUUUACUCUUUGCAACGUGACUUUGCUCCAAUUUGUUAUUGUUCAUUUAUUUUUAUUAUUUUUUUUCCUGCU